AAUGAAAAACAGCAAUUUGCAAUUCUAUCCAAACUACAUGAAGCUCAGCAUAAUGAGUAGAAAAUAAAAUUAGAGUUCUGCUACUGAUAUAUAAAGUUAUCUCUGUACUGUUGCGAACUACAAAGUCAAUAGUUAUUUUAUCGUCUAUUAUAACUGCAUCAAAGUUAACUUUCAAAAAUUUUGAAGGAGAAGAGAGUCAAGAGAAAGAAAUUUCAGAGCUGUCUAAGACAGGCAGCAGUUGGUUAUCCUAAAAUCUUAAUAAAUUUUUGAUAGGCAGCAGUUGGUUACCCUAAAAUCUUAAUAAAUUUUUGAUGGUCGUGCCGGUUUCAUCAGAGCUGUUAAGGGGUAAAUAAGUACAAAUUCUUGUUAGAAGUUGAUUAGGGGGAAGCAUUGAGUUUUGGCAAAAAUGAUUGGAGAGCCGGAGACAUGACAGAACGAUUUGAGAGGCAGUGUAGAAUGCGAUAUCUACUGUAGCAAAAUGAUUCUACCUAAUAAUAUUUGAGGGUGCCCAUCAUACGUGUCAAACACCAACCCUUUAAAGGAUAUUUUUAGCGCAAAUCUCACGUAUUUUGUUGUAAGAAAAUAUAAAUAUAACAAAAAAAAUUUAGAAAAAUCUGGUCCAUGGAAAAGAAAGAUACAACUGCAGACGCCGUAAAAGAUAUCCUAUAAUUAUGAACUUUCUGUUGAGACAAACAAUUUAAAGCUAGAUUUCGAGGAAAACAACUUUCCAACACAAACUUCCAUAGUUGGCCAAGCAUGUCCCCAACAGAACCCGUUUCCUCCUACCUUCCUCUCCCGCCAUUUUUAAGAGACUCCACACGCCAUCAUCAACGAGGGGCCUCUUCUCGAAUCUUCCUCCUCCCAACAUCUCCCCUCUCGGGACAAAUCGACCCUGGUAAAUAUAUCCCAUUCUCAUCCCAGUUCCGAUGGAGUCUCGAAGAAUGGCAUGGGUGUUGUUCGCUGCCCUGGUGAUCUCGGCCGCAUCCACGGAAGCCAUCGGCGUGAACUGGGGGACCCAGGCGUCGCACCCGCUGCCCCCCAAAAUCGUCGUCCGAAUGCUCACGGACAACGGGAUCAAGAAGGUCAAGCUGUUCGACACGGAGUCGUCGGCGAUGAGCGCCCUGGCCAACACAGGGAUCGAGGUCAUGGUCGGCAUCCCCAACGAUCAGCUGGAGCACAUGGGCACCUUCUCGAACGCAAAAGCCUGGGUUCACGAGAACGUCACCGGUUACAAAGAUGUCAAUAUCAAGUAUGUUGCCGUGGGCAACGAACCCUUCCUCCAGAGUUACAAUGGCACGUUCCUGAAAACCACGUUUCCUGCACUCAAGAACAUCCAGAAGGCCCUGGACGAGAUGGGACACAAGGAGAUCAAGGCCACCAUCCCCAUGAACGCCGACAUCUACAGCUCCCCGGAUGACAACGCCGUACCCUCGGCAGGUAAAUUCCGCUCCGACAUUCAUGACCUCAUGGUCGAAAUCGCGCGGUUCCUCGACUCCCAUGGCUCGCCCUUCGUCAUCAACAUCUACCCCUUCCUCAGCCUCUACGAAAAUCCCAACUUCCCGGUAGACUUCGCCUUCUUCGGUGGUGGUGGCCCGUCGAUCAACGACGAAGGUACCCAGUACAACAACGUGUUCGACGCCAACUUUGACACGCUCGUGUGGGCCUUGAAGAAGGUCGGCCUCUCCAACAUGAAGAUCAUAAUCGGCGAAGUCGGCUGGCCGACGGAUGGUAGCAAGCAUGCCAACGUAGCAGAUGCGAAGAGAUUCUACGACGGGUUGUUGAAGAAGAUGGGGAGCAAUACGGGCACGCCGCUGAGGCCCGGCCCGAUGGACGUCUACCUCUUCGCCUUUAUCGACGAGGACAUGAAGAGCAUCCAACCGGGCUUCUUUGAGCGCCAUUGGGGGAUCUUCGCGUACGACGGGAAGCCCAAGUUUCCGAUGGAUCUCUCCGGCAAGGGAAAUGAUAAGUACUUGGUGGGUGCAUCCGGGGUGGAGUAUCUGGAGGAUGAGUGGUGCGUCUUCGAUCCGAAUGCGAAGAAUCAGGAGAAAGUGCCAUCGAGCAUGGAUUUUGCGUGCUUCCACGGGGACUGCACGGCGUUGAUGGGCUCGUCGCCGUGCAGCAAGUUGGAUCGCAACGACAGGAUAUCGUAUGCCUUCAACAUGUACUUCCAGAUGACGGACCAGGAUGUGAGAGCGUGCGACUUCCAAGGUUUGGCAAAGAUCACUAACAAGAAUGCGUCCCGAGAUGGCUGCCUGUUCCCUAUACAAAUUGUAAAUACCGCUGGAACAAGGCCGGCGGAGUUAGGCUUGCUGAUGUUAUUAUGGAUUGCUGUAUUUUUAUUUCUAUGAGAGAGAAGGGUACUGCUGGGGCCUGCUUGUAAAGGCGAUUUGGUAAAUGUCUGGGGCCAACUAAUUAUGCAUAUGAGAUUAUACUACUGAAUACUUCCCCU